GUUAAUAUUAACCAAAAAACAACAACAGGAAGUAGUUAGAAAAGGCGAACUUUGCACUGCCUGAACUACAGCCAAGAAAAGCGGCCUAAUAAAAGCUGUACUAAUUGAUCAUCUGAACAGCACUCUCCGCUUUAAACGGUUUAAGGAACUUUACGACGCUCCUUUAACAUACGACCUUUGCCCUCUGUCGCCUGAUCGCAGUGCUAUAGUAGCAUGCUCUGGGUAAUAACACGACCUCUGUGCACACUCCGACAGAGUAAGGCUAUCAAAGACGUGCUUGUACAUUUGCCGAAGUGUGUGGCUCGCAGAAACAUGUCGUCUCCGGCUAAAAAGCCGGUGUCCUUACUGGGAACUAUGGGCUUCGGGGGGCGAGCAGACGCCGAGCAGAGCCUGGAAAUGGUGAAGGCUUUCCUGGACAGAGGACACAACCAGGUGGACACAGCCUUCAUGUACGUCGAUGGGAAGUCAGAGACCAUCAUUGGAGGCAUGAAUCUCCCCAAAACAGUAAGCAUAGCUACCAAGGCCAAUCCCUGGGAUGGAAAGACGCUGAAGCCAGAGAGCGUGCGCUCCCAGCUGGAAACCUCCCUUCAGAGGUUGCGGACAGACUGUGUGGACCUUUUCUACCUCCAUGCCCCUGACCACCAAAACCCUAUCGAGGAUACUCUCAGAGCCUGCAAUGACCUCCACAAAGAGGGAAAAUUCAAGGAGCUCGGCCUUUCAAACUAUGUAUCCUGGGAAGUGGCUGAAAUAGUAUGCAUCUGCAGGCACAACAACUGGAUAGUUCCCACUGUUUAUCAGGGAAUGUACAAUGCCACAACAAGACAGGUGGAAACAGAGUUGCUGCCAUGUCUGAGAUACUAUGGAAUGCGAUUCUAUGCAUACAAUCCUCUGGCAG